AUGACCCAAUCGACCCAGCAGACUGGAUACGUCAACCAUCUCACCGAAGACCAAGAGGCCAAACUGCGAGAGUUAUGGAUUCUCCUCUUCACCUCCGCGGCGUCUGUUCUCUCCGCUGUCUACAAUGUCCCUCUCCCGGACGGUCCAAGCAAUCGUCUCUUCGAAGUCAUCGACAACAUCGAGGAACCCUCCGUAGAUGCCAUCAUCGCCGCCCUUAAGAGAGAGAAACAGAAGACCAGUCCACAGACCAACCCAAAAAAGAGGGAACAGUCCUCUCUGGACCAUAUGGAAUCGCUGAUUAAUAACGACCAAGCCGAAAAGACUCUCGUCAGCGAGAUGGCUACCCGCAAGUUAUCGGUGGAGCAUUUUUCGGCUCUCCUGACGGAACUCCGCACCAUGGGGGUUUCGGAAUCGGAAAUCGGUUCCAUGGAACGCAUUCUGUCGCGUCUGACCCCGCAGGAGAUGUGCUUUGCGAUCUUGAAGAUGGUGAAACAGGAUCAUCCGGACAGUCUGCUGUUACGGUUUUUGCGGGCCCGAAAAUGGGACGUGGGCCGCGCUUUCGCCAUGAUGGCGUCGGCGAUUCUCUGGCGCAAGGAGAUGGAGGUGGACGAUGAUAUCAUGCCCAAGGGGGAACUACAUGCGCUGAAACAGUCAAAAGACGAAAGCAAUGUGAUCCAGCAAAAGCAGGGCGCCGAUUUUCUCGCCCAGCUGCGCAUGGGCAAGAGUUAUCUUCGAGGAGUUGAUCGGCAGGGGCGCCCCAUUAAUGUCGUUCGCGUCCGAUUGCAUCGACCGGGCGACCAGAGUGAAGAGACCCUCGAGCGCUAUAUCGUCCAUGUCAUUGAAAGUACCCGGUUGCUGCUGAAGCCUCCGGUGGAAACUGGCGCAAUCGUCUUUGAUAUGACCGGGUUUUCCUUGAAAAAUAUGGAAUAUGCACCGGUCAAGUUCAUCAUCAAAUGCUUCGAGGCGAAUUAUCCCGAGUCAUUAGGUGUCCUCCUGAUCCAUAACGCCCCCUGGAUCUUCUCUGGGAUUUGGAAAAUUAUCCAUCCGUGGAUGGACCCCGUCGUCGCAUCCAAGGUCCACUUUACAAGAAAUAUCACCGACCUUGAGAAAUUCAUUGACCGCUCCCAGCUCACCAAGGAUUUCGGGGGCGAUGCCGACUGGACAUAUGAUUAUAUAGAGCCCCAGCUGGAUGAGAAUGUCACUAUGGAAGAUACGGCGACGCGAGAUGCCCUCAUGGUGGAGCGCACGAAGAUCGGGCUCAAGAUGCUGGCUGCCACCGCCGCCUGGAUCUCGGCCAGCAGCGAUUCGCAGGGGACAGGGGACCGUAGUCACAUUGCGGAGUUGACGGCUCGUCGGGAAAAGUUCAUCGAGGACUUCCGACUCAACUAUUGGAAGCUGGAUCCGUAUAUCCGGGCGCGGGCGAUCAUUGAUCGGAUGGGAGAACUAAAACCAGAUGAUGGCUGA